GCUCCCUAUUCUCUCUCUUCAUUGUUCGUUCUAAAUGAGGGCUCUGCAAUCAUCAUUUUAUAAUAAAAUGUGUCAACAACAGUUCCUGAAAAUUAAUUGAAAACCAUCGUUAACACACAAAAACCGUUCCUGAACUCAGCAAUAUUUAUUUUUUUACCAAAAAGAAAUGGAGAAUCUGAUAUCUUUGGUGAACAAAAUACAGAGGGCGUGUACGGCCCUCGGAGAUCACGGCGAAGGUAGCGCCUUGCCUACUCUCUGGGAUGCCUUACCUUCCAUUGCUGUUGUUGGCGGUCAGAGCUCUGGGAAGUCGUCGGUGCUAGAGAGCGUUGUUGGAAAGGACUUUUUGCCUCGUGGAUCUGGUAUUGUUACCCGACGUCCUCUUGUCCUACAGCUUCAUAAGAUUGAUGAGGGAAGGGAAUAUGCGGAAUUCAUGCACCUACCAAGAAAGAGGUUCACUGAUUUUGCUGCUGUGAGGAAGGAGAUCGCUGAUGAAACAGAUCGAGAGACAGGCCGCUCGAAACAAAUUUCUACUGUUCCAAUUCAUCUCAGUAUCUAUUCCCCUCAUGUUGUGAACCUGACACUAGUCGAUCUCCCUGGGCUUACAAAAGUAGCUGUUGAUGGCCAGCCUGAAAGCAUUGUGCAAGACAUUGAGAAUAUGGUUCGGUCUUAUAUUGAAAAGCCCAACUGUAUAAUUUUGGCAAUUUCUCCUGCCAAUCAAGAUCUUGCUACCUCUGAUGCAAUUAAGAUUUCUCGUGAAGUCGACCCCAAAGGGGAGAGGACAUUUGGAGUUUUGACGAAGAUUGAUCUUAUGGACCAGGGUACUAAUGCAGUUGAUAUCUUGGAAGGAAGGUCGUAUAAGCUACAAUUUCCAUGGAUUGGCGUCGUGAAUCGUUCUCAAGCUGAUAUCAACAAAAGCGUAGACAUGAUUGCUGCUCGGCGUAAAGAGAGAGAGUAUUUUGCCCAGAGCUCAGAGUACAAACAUCUUGUUAACAGGAUGGGUUCUGAGCAUUUAGGAAAGAUGCUUUCCAAACAUCUGGAACAUGUCAUCAAGUCUAGAAUCCCAGGCCUUCAGUCUCUUAUUAGCAAAACUAUCAUUGACUUAGAAACAGAAUUGAGCCGUCUUGGCAAACCUGUUGCCACUGAUACCGGAGGAAAAUUAUACAUGGUUAUGGAAAUAUGCCGUGGUUUUGAUCAAAUAUUUAAAGAGCAUCUUGAUGGCACACGCUCAGGUGGUGAUAAGAUAUACAACGUAUUUGAUAAUCAACUUCCUGCUAAUUUGAAAAGGUUGCAAUUUGACAAGCAACUUUCAAUGGAUAAUGUAAGAAAGCUGAUUACUGAAGCUGACGGAUAUCAACCUCAUCUAAUAGCUCCUGAACAAGGAUAUCGCCGUCUAAUUGAAUCUUCACUAGUUACCAUUAAAGGUCCUGCUGAAGCGGCUGUUGAUGCGAUUCAUGCUAUACUGAAAGAACUGGUUCUCAAGGCAAUUGGUGAGACUGUGGAGCUGAAACAGUAUCCCACUCUGAGAGUGGAGGUUGGAAAUGCAGCUUGUGAGUCAUUGGACAGGAUGAAGGAAGAAAGCAGGAAAGCAACUCUGCAGCUGGUAGAAAUGGAGUGCAGUUACCUGACAGUUGAUUUCUUUCGGAAGCUUCCUCAAGACAUUGAGAAGGGUGGAAAUCCAACACAUUCAAUAUUUGAUAGAUAUAAUGAGUCAUAUCUUCGGCGAGUUGGAACAACCGUCUUAUCUUAUGUCAAUAUGGUUUGUGGAGGUUUGAGGAACUCCAUCCCCAAGUCCAUUGUCUAUUGUCAAGUCCGUGAGGCUAAACGCAGCUUACUCGACCAUUUCUUCACUGAGUUGGGUAAAAAGGAGGGGAAACAGUUGGGUUCAUUGUUGGAUGAGGAUCCAGCAAUAAUGCAGCGUCGUGUUUCUAUUGCAAAGAGGCUGGACCUAUACAGAAGUGCCCAAACAGAGAUGGAUGCAGUUGCCUGGUCUUCUAAGUAGAGAGCAAUAUUUAGAUCCUGUUUGGUUCUCUUUUCCCAAAUAACAGUGAAAACAGGAACUGGUUUAUACAUAAGAGCCAAUGUUAGUAAAAGACACUCAGCCAAAUGAAUUUUGGAGCUGUUUUCUGGUUUUUCUUCUCUUUUUCUUUUAUCAGAAAAUAGAUUAUAACAGGCCCUGUUUUUUGUUUCUCCUUUCUUUCUUUAGUAAUUGGAAUUUAUAAUAGCAGGGCAAUGUUCUUUUAUUCGUGACUCUAAUUCUUCGUCUGUACCUGUGAGGAGGGCUGAUUGUCUUCUUCUUCUUUUUCUUUUUCUUUUUUUUUUUCUCUCUUUUAGUACAUUUUUUUUUCCCUCUCUUUUAGUACAUUUUUCAAAGAUUCAUAUAAUAAGAUCUAUUUGUAUCCAUGGUUUUAUCCUAAUUUCAUUAUCGGUUCUCCUCUGAUGUAAAGAUCUCAUUAUUAUAUUGAUGAUAUAAACACUUUGAUGCCCAAACCAAGGACAUGCACUGUCUAUAAAAAUGGAGAACACA